GAGCUCUACAAUAAUAAGACCGUUGUAGAGAAGGUUGUUAGUAAUGGCUGCCUCAUCAUCCUCUUCAUCAGCUGGCGGAGUGAGUGGAAGUUCUGUUACCGGGUCCGGAUUUAGUGUUUCAGACUUGGCACCCCCACGAAAAGCACUCUUCACUUGCCCCAAAGCUGCCGGAGACAUGCUAGAAGAUGGCUCAGAAAGAUUCUUGUGCGAGUCAGUAUUCAGCUAUCAAGUUGCAUCGACUUUAAAGCAGGUGAAGCAUGGUCUAAUCUUUUCAGAUCAGCAAGUGAGUCGAAUGGAGAAGUUGGCCGGGUUAGUAGAAGAGCUGGAGGCAGAUGAAUGGAGAUACACACCUAUAGAACAGCUCCUGGGCUUCACCCCAUCUUCAGUAGGAAAGUGACCGACAAUUUGAAACUUACUGAAAUGCAUAAGUGUGACGGCUUAAAACGAAGACUUCUUUUGGAAAAGGUUGUGAGAAGACUUUCAUUUCAUUUGACAGAUGGCUCCAGAUAAUGAAAAUGUUAUGUAAGAAAAGUGUAUUUCCAUCCC